AUGUCUGGAUACGGAAUGAUGGACUAUGGGGAGAAGCAGACGGAGCGGUCAAGAUGGACGCCUCUGAACAGAAUCUUGCUCUCGGGUGAGAUGACCCAGGAGAGGCAAAAGGAAUUGACAAUGAGCGAGCGGUUCGACCGAUGGAUGAUCAACGAGGGUUACCGAAGAUUCUUCGUUUUUGUCUUCAUGGCUUUGCACGCCAUGGUUUUUGCUUUUGGUUUCGUCAAUUACGCUGUCAAGGACAACUUGCAAGGCGCUCGUGACACUUUUGGCCCGACUUACAUGAUUGCCAGAUCUGCCGCCCUGGUUCUCCACAUUGAUGUUGCCCUGGUUCUUUUGCCCGUCUGCAGAACCUUUAUUUCUAUCGCACGACAGACGCCACUCAAUGGUAUUAUCCAAUUCGACAAGAACAUUACCUUUCACAUUACUACAGCUUGGUCCAUCUUCUUCUUUUCAUGGGUCCACACGAUUGCUCACUGGAACAACUUCGCUCAAAUCGCAGCCAAGAACAACUUGGGCAUUUAUGGAUGGCUUCUCGCCAACUUCACUUCCGGGCCCGGUUGGACCGGCUACAUCAUGCUGAUUGCGCUCACGGGAAUGGUUAUCACGUCAUACGAAAAACCACGCCGUGCCAACUAUGAGCGCUUCUGGUAUACGCACCACAUGUUUAUCGUCUUCUUCCUCUUCUGGUCCUUCCACGGAGCUUUCUGUAUGAUUCAGCCUGACACUGCACCAUACUGCAUUUCGGUCGGUACUACAGCUAUCGGUGUCUUCUGGCAGUACUGGAUGUAUGGAGGUUUCAUCUACCUGGCAGAGCGUGUCGCGCGUGAAAUCCGUGGACGCCACAAGACUUAUGUUUCCAAGGUUAUCCAACACCCUAGCAACGUCUGCGAGAUUCAGAUUAAGAAGGAGAACACCAAGACCAGAGCUGGACAAUACAUCUUUUUCUGCUGUCCCGAGGUAUCGUUGUGGCAGUAUCACCCCUUCACUUUGACCAGUGCGCCCGAGGAGGAUUACAUCUCGAUCCAUAUGCGUGUCGCUGGUGACUUUACCACGGCCGUAGCGACGACUCUCGGCUGCGAUUUCGGCAAGAAGGGUGACAAGUCCAAGGUUGUCGGUGUCGAUGCCCAGGAUGGCGAUGUCGACCCCGCCCUGAAGCGUGUCCUGCCCCGUGUCUACGUCGAUGGACCUUUCGGUUCUGCCUCGGAAGACGUGUUCAAAUACGAGGUUGCAGUUCUCUGUGGUGCUGGUAUUGGUGUCACACCUUUUGCCUCCAUUUUGAAGUCUAUUUGGUACCGGAUGAACUACCCGCAGAAGAAGACGCGACUCGGCAAGGUCUAUUUCUUCUGGAUCUGCAGAGAUUUCGGCUCUUUCGAGUGGUUCCGUUCGCUUCUGCUUGCUAUUGAGGCCCAGGAUGUCGACGGACGUAUUGAGAUCCACACGUAUCUUACAGCCAAGAUCAAGGCCGACGAUGCCACUAACAUCAUGAUCAAUGAUGCCAAUGCCGACAAGGACACCAUUACCGGCCUGAGGAGUCCAACCAACUUUGGCCGCCCCAACUGGGACAUGAUCUUCCGUGGUAUCAGAAAGCUUCAUGCACCCGCCGAAGCUGGUGUGUUCUUCUGUGGACCCAAGGGUCUGGGUAGUGCGCUUCACAUCUUCUGUAACAAAUACAGUGAACCUGGAUUCUCUUUUGUCUGGGGUAAGGAGAACUUUUAA